GAGUUGACUCAAUGACACCAUGGGGUGUUAUACAUGGUGGAUGCUGCGGAUUGAGGAAGAAAGUCAAAAACAAAACUAUAAAAAAACUCUACAAUAAGGUGCAUUCACCUGACGAGGAAGAAGCUAGGUCAGAAAACCCUUCACCUGACAUGGAAGCUAGGCCAGAAAACCUUUCACCUAACAUGGAAGCUGAUAUAAACAAGCUCAAAAAAAGAGUUGAAAAUAUGGAAAAAUUUACGCGUUACAUUGAAAAUAAUUUUAUUAACACUAUAGUCUAUGAAGAAAUUAAAAUGCAGCAACCACAACAGCAAGAAGGGGAUGCGGAUCAGGGAAAACCUACAU